AUGAAGAAAAUAAAGGACCUUUUUGCAGACACAGACCGAAUCAAGAAGCUGGUGAAGUUAAUUGUGACAAACCGGGAAAGCCUGUUGAUAGACUACUCAAAAACGCACAUAGAGGACGAGGACAUAAGGGCCUGGGAAGAGCGGCUCAAAAAAAUAGGGCUUGCCAGCCGCGUGAAAAGCAUGUUUGCAGGCGAAAAGAUAAACUACACGGAAAGCCGGCAGGUGCUCCAUGUGAAGCUGCGCUCUGAAGGCGUGAUCAAGGCGCUGCAGACCGGAGAAGCAGGCAGCCUGGACAAGGAAGAGAUGGAGAUUGUGGACGAGCUUCGGAAAAUGAAAGCAAUCUGCAACAAGUUUGAGAGCGGAAACAUGAAGGGCGCUUCGGGCAUGCCAAUAAAAAAUGUGAUAGGAAUAGGAAUAGGCGGAAGCGACCUGGGCCCGCGCCUGCUUACGUCUGCGCUGAUGCCGGCGUCAGCAAAUGCAGGAAAGGAGUUCCGGUACGUGUCAAACGUAGACUCGCAGGAGAUGCACGCCGCGCUGUCCAACAUCUCGCUUGAAGAAACCGUGUUCGUCAUCGUUUCCAAAACAUUCACAACGCAGGAAACGCUGGAAAACGCAAAGAUCGCUGUUUCCACGCUUUUGGGCAGCUACUCCAAGGGGCCCACCGAGCAGGAGAUCAUCAAGGCACACUUUCUAGCGGUGACCGCGGCAAAAAGCCGCGCGAUGGCCUUUGGGAUAGACGACGACAAUGUGCUCGACAUGUGGGACUACGUCGGGGGGAGGUACUCAAUAUGGAGCUGUGUGAGCCUUACCUCUGUGAUGAGCAUAGGCUUUGACGCGUUUUUGGAGUUCCUGAGCGGAGCCUCCCAAAUAGACACCCACUUUCUGAACACGCCCGAGGCAGAAAACGUCCCCAUGCUGCAUGCCUUGGUUGAGUGCAAGUAUAUAAACGAGUACGGCUACGACAACAAGUGUAUAGUGCCAUACGACUACUACAUGAAGCUUUUCCCGUCGUAUCUCCAGCAGUGCGAAAUGGAGAGCAACGGGAAGUCCUUCACAAAGGACGGAAACAAGCUUCUGCCCGAGACCUUCCCCGAAAGCGAGGUCUCUUCGGCGGAAAAGACCGCGCCCGUCAUCUGGGGGACGCUUGGCACAGACUCGCAGCACUCGUAUUUCCAGCUGCUCCACCAAGGCACUGUGCGGACGCUGGUUGAGUUUCUCAUCCCAGCCAACCCCAGGGUGCAGACGCCCAGGAAGAACACCGAGCAGCAGGAGGGGCAGUCCACAGCACACGACGUCCUUGUUUCGAACUGCCUCGCGCAGUCCAGAGCUCUCAUGAUGGGGAAAAGCAGCCAGGACGGAGACAGGCAGUUCAGCGGAAACCGGCCGUCCAUCACAAUCAUGUACGACUCGCUUACGCCGUACGCGCUGGGCAUGCUCAUUGCCAUCUACGAGCACAAGAUAUUUGUGCAGGGCCAGGUGUGGGGCAUAAACUCGUACGACCAGUUUGGCGUGGAGCUGGGCAAGGUUUUGGCAAAAGAAAUUCUGUGCAAAGUUGAGAGCCAAAAGUCCAUGCUGGGCUUUGACCCGUCAACAGACGUUCUUCUGGGCCACUACAUGCAGAAGAAAAAGUAA